CAGCCAUCUCACACUACGCCCAUCGCCCGCCGUCCCCGCACCUCUCUCCCCGGAUCUCCAAUGCGCAGACGAACCCAUCGUCCGCCAUAACCGCGCCGACAAUGUCUUCCGCCGAUUUCGCCGCCGCCCAGGCCCGCAUCGCCGCCCGCCGCCAGGCCCGCGAGGCCCAGUACCGCGCCCAGCUCGCUGCCCACCGCGAUGCUCACCACGUCGCGCGCAUCUCGCGCCUGCCAUACCCGCUGAACCGGUUCGGGGGCGCCGGCCUCGCCCUGUGGGACGCGGUCCAGGGACGCGAAGGUACGCGUCCGGCGUUUCGCGUCGGCCAGGUGGAUGCCGAGCUGCUGGACGAGGAGCUGUUGGAGCUAUUGAAGGGCCAGGUUGGCGAGGGUUUGAAAUACUACGGUUCGCACCUCGCCCAAGACUACGCUCCCGAGAUCCUGCUCGUCCUCCGCGCCAUCCUCUUCAAGCUCUCCAUCUGGGAUCACAACGCUUCAUACGGCGCUGCGCUGCAGGGCCUGCGCUACAGCGAUGCGCGCCGCUCCGACGCCUCGCGACUUCCGCCCCGCACCUGGCAAAAGACCAUCUACGGCCUCGUCACCGUCGGCGGCCGCUACGCCUGGACCAAAUGGGAGGACUGGCUCAUCUCCCGCACCACAGACUACGAGCUACCCUCACGGCAUAUUGAGCUCGCCGAGCGCCUCACCGGCACCCUGAGCACCACGCACAGCGUCGCCGCCUUCGCAUCCUUCCUCGUCUUCCUGACAAACGGCCAAUACCGCACGCUGCUGGACCGGGUGCUGGGCCUGCGCUUGACGCCCUCCUCGGGUUCCAUAUCCCGCGAAGUGUCGUUCGAGUACCUGAACCGGCAGCUCGUCUGGCACGCCUUCACAGAAUUCCUGCUGUUUCUCCUCCCCCUCGUAGGCAUCAGCCGCUGGCGGCGCAUCCUCUCGCGCAGCUGGCGCAAACUGCGCCUCUUCUUCCUCGAACUAAUCGGCCGCCGCAGCAGCGGCGCCGACGACGACGACACCGACGCCGGUAAGGGCGGCGAGCUCGGCUUCCUCCCCGAGCGCACCUGCGCCAUCUGCUACGCGGACCAGAACCCGGCGGGCGGCGCCAGCGAGGCGCAGGUCAUGCAGUCGUCGGCGGCGGGCGGGGGCGGCGUCAUCGGCUCCGCCGCCACGGACAUCACCAACCCGUACCAGGCCAUCCCCUGCGGCUGCGUGUACUGUUUCGUUUGUCUGGCGCAGCGGCUCGAGGCCGAGGAGGGCGAGGGCUGGACGUGCCUGCGCUGCGGGGAGACGGUGGCGGCGUGCAAGCCGUGGGACGGGGACGUGCUGCCGCGGGCCUCGGGGCGGGGCGGGAGCUCGUCCUUCGAGGGUGGUGGUGCUGGCGCCGGUGGUGGUGGCGGCGCGGGCAAGAGCGUGGGGUUCGCGGCUGGGGCGGAUGGCGGGGACGACGCGCGCUCGACGACGACGUCGAAUCUGAAGGAGGUGGAUCCCGCGCCUGUCCUCGAUGAGAAGGAGAUUGAGGUCGGGGGCACGCUCAGUGAGGAUGUGCUGGCUGAGCGCAGUCUUUUGGGCAGUAGGGCCCUCGCUGAGAGUGAUGAGUGGGCGCGGGCAAGCCGCAUCGUGGAUGGGGCGGAGGGGUCGAGCAGCCAGGGGUCGGGCGACGAGCAGAGCGAGGAGAUUGAUGAGGAGGAAGACGAGAUGGAGUAUGAUAUCUGAGACUGGUGCUCAACAUGUCGGUUUGGUGGUGGUGUUGGGGCAGCUGGAUGAGGUUGGUGGUUGGGUGGGGUGUGCGUGGACGGGUUUGACUGAUGAUCACGACGAGACGAGACAACAACGACGGUGUCGAGACAGUGGACAAGAGAAAGAGAGAGUAUGGUGAUGAUUAUGGCGGCUUUCUUCCUCUCUUCCUCCCUCUCCCUCUCUCUCUUUCUUGCAGGAGGCACGACGCAGCAGACUAGGUGCGGCGGUCGACAGUCGGUGGUCGGCGUUUGGAUGGGAUACCCUUUGCUUGGCCGCGCCGUAGUUAGGUUAUAUAGCGGUUUGUGCGUGGGCUAUUGAAGCUUUUUAU